CAGCAGCAUAUCACUGUAGUUUGGCGGUCGGUCGUGCAAGUCGAAUUAUUCGUUCAUCAAACGUGAUAAAAAUGAGUGCAUCUCGAUUUUUCCACCUCCAAAAGCUUGCGAAAUCGGCUUUGUCCAAUCGGAGAGCAAUUUCCGCAGGAUUGAACCUAACAAAUCGUGCAUUACGAGUGGAAAAUGGACUCCUAGCUCCAGUGUCCCGAUCGAUUCGAUGCUUUUCCACAGAAGCGGCCCAGGAAAAGACUGGAUACCAUUCGAUAAUUCGUGACUCGGAGAAAGCCGUUGGGGACAGUGACAAACAUGAGUUCCAGGCGGAGACACGCAUGUUGUUGGAUAUUGUUGCUAGGUCUUUGUAUUCCGAUAAGGAGGUUUUCGUUCGAGAGUUAAUCUCCAACGCUAGUGACGCUCUGGAAAAGUUCCGAUACACGAUCCAUACGGCGGGCGAGGGAGAGAAGAACUUCGCCGAUGCCGAUCGGUCAUUGGAGAUCCACAUCGGAACAAACAAACAGGACCGAGUUCUCUCCAUUCAGGACACGGGCAUCGGUAUGACUAAGGAAGAACUGAUCGCGAAUUUGGGUACGAUUGCUAGGUCAGGAUCGAAGCACUUCAUGGAGCAGAUUAAGGAGAAGGGAGCCAGUGCGGAUAAUGCGCAGAACAUUAUCGGCCAGUUUGGAGUUGGUUUCUAUUCGGCAUUUAUGGUGGCCGAUCGAGUGGAUGUCUAUACUAGGUCGUCGAAGGUAGGAUCUCCUGGAUACAAAUGGAGCUCCGAUGGUUCGGGUAAUUUCGAAAUUCAGGAAGCCGAGAAUGUUCAAAUUGGGUCGAAAAUUACCAUCCACCUUAAGGCGGAUUGUCGUGAAUUUGCCGAUGAAGAUCGAAUCCGGGAGGUUAUACGCAAAUACAGUAACUUUGUAGGAAGCCCGAUCUUUUUGAAUGGCAAGCAAGCGAAUCAGAUUCAACCGAUUUGGCUAAUGGAGCCAAAGGAUGUCAGCCAGGAUCAGCACAACGAGUUCUAUCGUUUCGUUGGAAAUACGUUUGAUACUCCACGAUACACACUUCACUACAAAACAGACGUUCCAUUGAGCAUUCGUGCUUUGCUUUAUUUCCCUGAGGGAAAACCGGGCCUUUUCGAGAUGUCCCGUGAUGCUGACGUUGGUGUCGCCCUGUACACUCGUAAAGUACUGAUCCAAUCGAAAACUGAAAACCUUCUCCCGAAGUGGCUCAGAUUCGUUAAGGGUGUCGUCGAUUCUGAAGACAUCCCUCUGAAUCUCAGUCGUGAGCUGUUGCAAAAUAGCGCCCUCAUUCGGAAACUUCGCACCGUUCUGACCAACCGCGUGCUGCGAUUCCUCCACGAUCGUGCUGUAAAGGAUCCGGAAAAUUACGACAAGUUCUACAAAGACUACGGUCUAUUUCUGAAGGAAGGAAUUGUAACCAGCCAGGAGACCCAGGAAAAGGAAGAAAUUUCUAAACUUCUACGAUUCGAAACCAGCAAGGAAGAUGGAAAAAAGGUUAGUCUUCCGGAAUACUGCAAUCGCCAACAGGAUGGACAGAAAGACAUCUACUACCUGGCCGCCCCGAACAGAACCCUGGCCGAAGCAUCUCCCUAUUAUGAAUCCUUGAAGAAGAAAGGAUUCGAAGUCUUGUUCUGCUACGAAGCCUACGACGAGUUGGUUCUUAUGCAGCUGGGCCAGUUUCUGGGGAAAAACCUCGUGUCCGUAGAGAAGGAAAUGCGUCGAUCCGACAAAUCGGAUGAUUCGUCCGAACAGCAGAUCGAAGGUUCUCUGCUCAAGACACAAAUCGACGAACUGGUUCCGUGGAUCAAGCAAAAGCUGACCGGAAUGGUUACAUCGGUGAAGACGACGAACAAACUCGACGCCCAUCCUUGCGUUGUGACGGUGGAAGAAAUGGCAGCGGCACGGCAUUUCAUCAAAACCCAAAGUCACAACAUGAGCGAAGAACAUCGGUACGCCCUGCUGCAGCCUCAGUUGGAGAUUAACCCGAAACACCCAAUCAUCACGAAACUCCACAAGCUGACCACAUCAGAUCCGGAGCUGGCGGAACUGCUAGCCAAACAGUUGUUCUCCAAUGCUAUGGUCGGAGCGGGUUUGGUGGAAGAUCCCCGAAUGCUGCUGACCAGUAUGAACGAUCUACUGGAGAAGGUAUUGGAUAAGCACUAAAACAAGAAGUUCGAUAAGUGAUGUUUAGGGUAAUUGUGUUAAUGUAUGUUGCCAUUAGAUUCGGCUAA